GAGGAGCUGAGCGCACCCUGGCUGCAUGCAGCAGCGGCAGUAGCAGCGGUGGCGGCGGCACCACCUCCUCCUCCAUCCUUCCCCCUCCAGGGGAUGGGGCGGGAGUGAUGGAUGAAGGCGUAAGCUGGCCGAGCACCGCUGCCCGCCCCGGUCUGGACGCGCCCUCCACCUUCUUCCCUGCAGGGCUUCCUCCUCCUGGGGCUAAGGAAUCACCUGACCGGCCGGAAGACCGGCCGGGGGCCCCCCAAUUAAAGUGCAUCCGCGGCGCAGACGGGAGCAGGAGGUGGUGGAGGAGGAGGUGGCGCCGCCGGCGGCGGUGCCGAUUGCAUCCCCUACGCCGGCAGCUGGAGUCGGGGCCGGGCGGCCGCCUGCAAAAUGGGCAGCAGGAUUACUUUCUUCGAGGUGGGUGUCCCCCGCGAGCCUGCGCUAGGGAGGAGGAGGACGCGUCAGUGGGGCUGGGGAGAAACCCCCAAGGGGACCCAGGGUUCCGGAGAUGCAAGGAAGAAGGCUGCGCCUGCGCCUUCCAUUCUUGGGCUGGCUCGCAAAGGGUCCCUCGCCGGCGGGUGCCUUGAUGAUGAUGAUGGGCGGGGGAAGGAGCAGCACUGCUCUCUCUGCAUUGGAGCCAGCCGGAACCCGGCACUGCCGCUGGAUCCGUAAACACGUUGUCUUGCUGCAACCACUAGGGCUUGUUUCCUCUCCAGCGUGCUUAGGGGGGCAUGGCCUUUAAACUCCUCCUAAAGUCUGAAGACCUAGGAGGACCCACUUUUAGACCAAGCUGCACUUGGAGACCCACCUGAUAUCUAGUGUUUGCUGUUGCAGCUUACCUUUUAGUUGGUCCUGUGUUCUCCUGACCCAUCAGGCUUGGGAUGGGGGAGGUACAGGGUGGGUUGUGUCUUACCAGCAGAUUUUCGUGUCCUUUCCUGAGCAGGAACCUUGUCUGAUGUUUUGGGGUUUUGUAGGUGCUGGUGUCUCCCAUAGCUAUAGCAAAGCCCAAGAGUUCUAUGUCUCUGUGGGAAGAGAAUGACUUUUCUUGGCAUUCUGGUACCUCCUGGGUCAUGGGCAGCCACUGCCAUGGCACAAAGGAGUAUACACUUUGCAUGCCACAGCAAACAUACGGUACCUUUUUCUGCUCUGCAAGAAGCUUAAAAAACCCUUUACACUAAAAGAGUGAGCCAACACAUGCAUGUUGGCAGGCAUGCGACUGUAUUCAUGGACUACAGAUUUCCGGGAAGGGCCAUAGCACAGUGGUAAAGGAACUGUUUUGCUUUCAGAAAGUCCUGGUUCAACUCCCAGCAUCUCCAGGUAGGGCUGUGAAAGACCGCUCAGAACGCUGGAGAGCUGCUGCCAGCCAGUGUUGACAAUACUAAGCUAGAUGGACCUGACUUGAUAUUAGGCAGCCUCCUUUGACUAUCCAUAUUUGUGUAAUAAAUAUCUGCAGGCAUCCCUUUCUUGAUUACCUGCCUACUUGGCUGUCACAUCUUCCUACUAGUAAUAGCUGCUGCACUAACGUUUGCCCGUGUUUGAAGAAUAGAUGGUUGCCACCUUUGACGACCUAGUUUUCUAAGAACAACAAAGGGCUUUUAUGACAAGAGAUGGGAACCUUGGGUUUGGAGGCCAAACACACCCCUCUAACUGGCCCUUCAGACUCUCUGCAGGCCAUGCUCCUUGCCGAACCCAAACCCAUUGAGUGCCUCUGCCUGACAUGUUUCCUUGUGCUGUGAGCAUGCCUCUUUGCUUGCCUGACAUCAGAUGUAGGGGCAGGUAGGUGUAGCUUGUCAGAAAGGGCCUCGCAGGCUGAAAGGGGUAGAUCCAAUUGGACCCAAUCAGACGUUCCCCUUUGCUGCUGCAGCCAGGCAAAACAAUUCAACUGAUCAACUAUUCUGGAGAGAAUGUGGGUGUCCCUCCACUUAGCCCUGUCUUCCGCUAUCGAAGGAGAAGCUGUGCCCGCGAGGAGCACUCCAAAAGGAGGUUGGUUCGUGCCAACUGUUUUAUGUUUGACAAGUUGGGAUUUUCGUUAACAUUCCUUGGCAUCCCAGCUCCUUUGCCAGGAGGUAGGGAGGACUCUCAGGCUGUCGGUUACCAAAGUUUCUCCUAUGGUUUAUGGCUUGUGUUUUGUCUGGGUUCAAACCACACACUAAGCCCAAACAUGGUUUUGUUUAAUGUGGUGCUGAAGCAAUCUCUGGUUGCUUGUUUUGGAAAUUGGCGAAACUACUGCUUUUCAGCAAAUCUCCCAAUUUUGUGCUUUGUCAUCUUAUACAUGCCUUCAUUAGCAUGCUAAGUGUGCUAACAGUGUCUUUUGUGCUUAUAAGAGGGUUGGGUAUAUUAUGACUGAAAAUAGAACAUAGAUUUUGUUUCAGACUAAUAGGUGAAGGUGAAGUUGCACUGGCCACAACGAUGGCAACUUCCUGGAAGACUAAACCGCCACCUGCCUUGUCAGGUUUUGUGUUGUGCAAUCUGAGCUGCAUUUGAACAUAUGUAAUCUUAAUUGAGCAUGGUGAUUUAACAACUUAAGGUGUUUCAGAAAAACAACAAUAACAUCCUGUGGCCAAUCUUAAAACAGUGAGUUUGUUCUCAGCUUCUAAUCUUGAAAUACUUGUAUAGAAUAUUUUUCAAAGCACCUAAACAAUAUUGGAAAUUAAUUGCCUGCUCUACCCCUGCCAACCUAGCAGUUCGAAAUAACGUCAAAGUACAAGUAGAUAAAUAGGUACCGCUCCGGCGGGAAGGUAAAUGGCGUUUCCGUGUGCUGCUCUGGUUUGCCAGAAGUAGCUUAGUUAUGCUGGCCACAUGACCUGGAAGCUGUACGCCGGCUCCCUCAGCCAGUAAAGCGAGAUGAGCGCCACAACCCCAGAGUCGGCCACGACUGGACCUAAUGGUCAGGGGUCCCUUUGCCUUUACCUUUACCCCACUUAAAAAAACAAACUAUUUCAGGCCUUGAUCCAAAGAGAAGUGCAUACUACACAUUUGUACUCAGAAAUAAUAACAGUUGGCAAAAACACUGGAGAACAAGAAAAAUUCACAGGGCAGUGGUUCAUUUCAGUGUGCACUUGCACAUGAGAUAUUUCAUAUUUUGGACCAACGCUGUGUCCAUAGGUGUUCUACAGAUAGGCAUAGUCAGUACCUGUGAAGAAAAAAAUAGACACGAGGAUGCACAAUAAUGAAUCAACAAUGAACCAUGCUUUGUAUGGUUUUAGUUUUCUUUCAAAUGUAUUAUGAUUUUUAAUUACCUUUAGUAAAUUGCCUUGAGACUGUUGUUUAGAUGGUGAUGAAUGUUGUUGUUGUUGUUUAGUCAUGUCCGACUCUUCGUGACCCCGUGGACCAGAGUACGCCAGGCACUCCUGUCUCAAACAAUUGUUAAUCCCACACUUUCCAUUACAAUUUCCAACACUUUGCUCCUUAAUUUUGCUUGGGAGUGGGUUUGCUGUGCAAGAGCACCAGAUUAAUUGCAGAACCAGAAUUUGUUGGCACACCACUGAAUCCCACCUACAAAAUAGUGACGGUCUGUAAGCACCCUUUAUGACCAACAUUUGGGCAUGUGCCUUGCUUCGGGUUUGUUUGUUUACCUUUCUGCAGCUCAGAAAGUUUAGAUUCUUUUACUAGAGAAAGAUAAGUUACCAGGAUAUUUAACAAGCGCCUGUGAUCUGCAAAUAAGAUACACAGUCCUGAAUUACCCAUAAAAGGGAUUAGCCUUUCCUCUCAACUAAAUAAUGCAGACCAAUCCCAUAAUGUGUGGAAUCAAACCCAUCAAUAAUACAUUGAAUAGUUUUUUGUCAAAAACAUUAUGAGCAGCAGCACUUCACUUGAGUCAUCUGUAGGGUUUGGAGCUGUCUGGAUCAGGACUCUGAAAUCUUAUAUUCUGGAUAACACAAUAUAAAAAUUAAUAAGCAUGUGUCUUGCAAAGAAAGCCUCUCUGCAGGAGACCUGGCAUAACCUCCAACCAACCCAGUUGAACUCAACCCAUCAGUCAUGUAUUGUGACUUGCCAGGCCCUUGACAAGUGUCCUGUUUUCGGAGUCCAGACAACCAGGAAAAAUAGGAGUCUUCUAGAGGCCUGGUGAGUUGCCAUAUUUGGGCUGCAUUUUGGCAUGGGUAGGUCUGUUUUACAGAGUCCAAAGGCAAAUUAUGAGAAGUACUAAUACUAAAUGAGCAGGAAUUCACUGUGUUGGCUUCCUUAGAGGGCUUUUGCAUCCAUCCUAGGCUUGGAAAUAGGUCAUUCCAGUGCACGCAUUUCUUUCCGAAAGAAGAGCAUUUGUACUUGACGAAUAAAAAGCAAGCUCUUCCUCAAUAAUUUAUCCCCCCUGCUACCCUAACUGAUAUUAGUGGGGGGUUCUUGUUUUGCUGAGUUAUUUGGAAAGCUGUUUGCUAUCAUUGGUGGGCUCAAGUUAUUGGAGAAAUAGCAGUUUUAAGUGGUGACACGUAGCUUCUGGGACCAAUAGCAACUUCGAUUUUUUUUAGAGAGAGGUGGCUCAAAUUGUGUUUUCCAAAACAGCAGUUUUAAAAAAUGAAAACACAGCCAAAUUUCUUACACUCCCGUCCUGUGUAGGAAAGGGCUGUUCUCCUGAACUGUGCCAAUGCAAAUGGCUUCUAACUGGUUUCUCCCUGUGCCAGUGAGGUACAAAACUAGGCUGGCGGGAUGCUGGUACCAGGUAACCCGUAUUCCAUCAGGACAUUGCUGGCGCAUGAGGCGGGAAUUUAUAGGCAGAUCUGGGAGUGUGUAAGGGUUGGUUGGAAUCGUAUGCUUUCUCGGGUUUUGGUUCCAUUGCUACACAUGGCACAAUGCAGAGAGGGCACUUGGAACCCAAGGCAAAGAGUCUGGGUGUGUGGGUGAAUGUUAAGAUGCUUGUUCCACACUGGCAUUGUUUUAUAAAGUUUGCAAGCAGCAGAUAUUGCAGUGUAGUAUAGAACAGGAAAAACCCACUACUGUAAAGUAAAGGUAAAGGGACCCCUGAUCAUUAGGUCCAGUCAUGGCCGACUCUGGGGUUGCGGCGCUCAUCUUGCUUUACUGCCCGAGGAAGCCGGCGUACAGCUUCUGGGUCAUGUGGCCAGCAGGACUAAGCCGCUUCUGGCGAACCAGAGCAGCACACGGAAAUGCUGUUUACCUUCCCGCCGGAGCGGUACCUAUUUAUCUACUUGCACUUUGACGUGCUUUCGAAGUGGUAGGUUGGCAGGAGCAGGGACCGAGCAAUGGGAGCUCACCCCGUCGCGGGGAUUUGAACCGCCGACCUUCUGAUCGGCAAGUCCUAGGCUCUGUGGUUUAACCCACAGCGCCAAUUGUGUGAUCUAGACAGUCUACAAAGCUGCAUCUUUGCAUAUACAGUUGUGUGUGUGCAUGUGCAUUGUGUGAGUAGUGAUCCCUGCACAAUCAGAUGGUCUUUUGCAGAUGUUGUUCUACUCGAUAAACCUUUCUUCAGUGGAUGCUCAUCUAACUGUUCCAGUCAAGCAUCUGUUUGUAUUUCCUCCAGUGCUGCUGCUUGGCAACAGACAAUUGCAAAGAAAUAGUUCCCUGGCAUGGUUUAUUGCCAACUCUGGCAGAGGAAUUUUGAUCUGAAAAUAGACUUACAUGGAGAAAUGCUUGGAAAGAUUAAUUUGACUACUAAGAAGUAAUCAGGUGCUUGGGGUAUAAGGAGAAAUUAAUGCUCUUGCUUUAAUUAAAUCAAAAGGAGGCUCACUUACACAAGCACUUUAUAACAGCACAGGCAGGAUUAAUUCACUUUGCACUGCUCUUAUCCCAGCCUGCUUGUUCAUAGAUUGCAAAGUAAGCAUUUUUCUCAUGAGUGAUUUUUUUUGGGGGGGGCGAAAUCAAUAUGGUAUUUGGUUGUAAGUACCAAGUAGGACAAUCUAGCAACAGGAAAGGGCUGGGAUCCAAGUGGCUAACCAUAAAUGGGAAGAGGUGGUAAUUAGGCCCACAGUAUUCCUGCAAUUGCUCUUACAACUUUUAAACAAAUGUCAUUUUCUAGAAAAACGAAGUUCCAGAACUUACCAUGAAAACCUCCCUUGUUCUCUUAGAAUGGCAAUAGCGUCCACCUGAGAGGUGCCUAAGUUCUGGCGAGUUCCAACUGCAAAAAAAAAAAAAAAAAAGGCCUAUGAGCAUUUGAGAAAUUUAAUUAUUUCAAGGUUUAUGUCCCACUUACAACAUUGCAUACUCAUAGCAGCAUAAUUUGACUUAGCGGUUCAUUGGGAAAAUACGUUGUACAGUGGUACCUUGAUUCUCGAAUGGCUUAGUUGUUGAAAAAAUCGGCUCCUGAGCGCUUCAAGCCCAGAAGUAAGUGUCCCGGUUUGCAAACGUUUUUUGGAAGCCGAAUGUCCGACGCGGCUUCCAAUUGAGUUCAGGAAGCUCCUGCAGCCAAUCGGAAGCCACGUCUUGGUUUUUGCAUGGUUUCGGGUGUUGAACGGACUCCCAGAAUGGAUUAAGUUCAAGAACCAAGGUCCCACUGUAUGCUGUACUAAAGAAAUGUGGUCUAAUUCAUGAGGGGGGGAAAUACCACUCCUGUAACAAUAGUAUACAUGCAGUGCAAUCCUAUGUAAUAUGGUAUACAUGUCUUCCCAGAAAUAAGCUCUUUUGAAUUUGCUUCCUCAGCAAAUAAAAUUUCAGGGUGGGAUGCAAUGACAUAUCAAGCUGAUGUAAAAGUUCACUGAGUCAAGGAACCACCUGGAACGUGGUGGUGACAAGAUAGCGCACUAUAACACCUCUGUGCUAGCAUUGCAGGGGGUUGGACUAGACGCAGUGGUGUCCAAACUUUUUUCAAAGAGGGCCAGAUUUGAUGAAGUCAAAGUUAACCUUUUUUAAGGAUUUUACCCCAAAGUUGAAAGUUGUUGAGCUUUUUUUAAGAUUGAGGGAUUUUACCCCAGGAAAUAAACUACCACAGGGGCCGGAUUGAACCAACCGGCGGGCCGGAUUAUACCCUCGAAACUGACUUUGGACAUGCCUGGACUAGAGGGUCCCUUCCAACUCUCCAAUUCUAUGAUUCUAUAAUAAUUAGCACUAGCAAGGGCACUGUUACACCAAGUUCAUAUACAAUGCAAAUACAGCUGGAAACAGUGCAUAGAAUGGAUGAACUUUCUUACACCAUUCCAGACACUACACUGACACAACAGCAUGUGCUUAUUUCUUCAGCGCUGCAGGAUCCUUAGCACAGCAUGGAUAAUUUCAUGGAUAAUUUUCAUAUAUCAUGAGAAACCGGUUUCAAGUCCAUAUUGUGAUACCAGUUUCAUAGUUUUUGGCCUGGCAAUAUACCGCGAAUCAUGAUGUGUGUUAGAGCAGGGUGAUAAAUUGCCCAAAACUGGUUUCAAGUCCAUGUCAUGACACUGGUUUCAUAAUUUUUGACCUGGCAAUAUAUCACAAAUCAUGGUGUGUGCUCUAUUCAAAAAUCACAAGGGGGGGACGGACCACGAAGCCAGCCAAUGCCUCUACAUAGCUCCAUCCUUAUUUCAGACACUGUGAUAUAUCAGUAUUUCAGAUUUUUUGUCUGGUGAUACGUCAUGGUGUUGAAAACCAGGUUUCUCCAAGACCAAUAAUUUCCACUUGCUAGUUAGGUGCCACUCUGUUGUUAUCCUACAGUGACUAUGGAUCACAGUUAACAUUCUGUGAAGCUAAAAAGCUUAUGUACACCCCCUGGUUGCAGAAUAUGGCUUAGCAACCAGCUUAACAACUGUUGGUCUGAUCACUGUUUCCUGUUCACACAGCUACAAGAAGCCGUCACGGCAAGAUUGGUCUAGCUGAUUUAUUCUCUUGGUAUUUUCUCUUAGGUUGAAAUCCUUGAUUGGAAGACAAAGCAACAAUUAUGCUUUUUGGAAAAGGUAAGUAAUCAUAAUGUUAUUACUGCAAUUUAACUGAAUUUUGAGUGAUCCGUGUGCUUUAGUUAUAUUUUCUUAGUAAUUGUUUAAAGCAUCCUGUUUGAGAUGGAUCAGUAUCAUUUCCCUCCAUAUCACAGAUAGGGAAGCUCACCCUUAAUUUCCUGUUUCCUAAAAUGUAAAAAAGGAACUGAUUAGCUUGAAAAGCCUUUUUUUGAAUGCCUGCAUGCUUAUAGAUAUAUAUUUUUUGUUACCUAGGUUGAGCCAAAUGCUACAAUAAGUGAUAUCAGGCUAAUGUUCCAUAAAUUAUGUAAGUAUAUGUAUUUUUCAAAAGAAUCUGUUUAAAAAGUGAGGCAAGCUUCCCAGAAAUGCUUGAAUUAUAUGUCAUUGUAUGGAGCCUCAGCGCCACUGAUGUCAUACAAGCCAUGUAUCUUAUUUUAUGCACUUUGAAACAAUUCUAGUAAACCUGUACAAAAAAGUAGUUAUACACCCCCUUCCUUGGUUGUCCUUCCACCAAUUUGGUAAUUUACUAAUAUUUGUAAAUUCAGAAGUUCUCUGUUUGUGGCACAGACACCCCUGCCCCAGUGCUAGGAAACUGAGCAGACUUUAUUAUUAUUAUUAUUAUUAUUAUUAUUAUUAAGGUUGUGUGAUUUUUUUUGUCCCUACAGAUCCUCAGUGGUAUCCCUCAAGGCAGUCUAUAAGGCUUGAUCCCAGUAAGUAUUUUAUAGUGAAGUAUUAUUCUUAUUAUUUCAUUUAAAUACCACUUUUCUUAUCUUGGAGCAGUUUAUAGGAAAAGCAAAAACCCAUUACAAUAUUGCUGUGACAUCCAAAAGAUGUAUUAGUGUUAAUUAGUAGCCACAGACACUAUGAAACUCCAGUAACAUUAAAGGAUCUGUCAAUCGAGAAGUCUAUAAUCCUGCAGUCGUAGAUAGACCAAUGGUUGCCUCCAUGUUUAUCGCAUGUAUGCUUAGGUAAAACAGAGCUCAAGGGAUGGAGCGAGGACUUAACCUGGAAGAGGCAGGCCAUGCAAGCUGAGAAUGUCUCUUGCAGUCUUCGGUCCUUGUUCGGUUCUCUGUGCAAAGUAAGAAUGGCGAUGCUGUCAGGCCAGCAGGUGCUUUUCUCGUCUUGGGCUCUUGGGAGACACCCAACUUUACUACCAUCUGCAGCUGGCCUUGGGCAGGACACUGGAGAAAGAGUGGUGGUACAAAACCAUGCGUGCAUAUAUAAAACAGUUGUCAUGUAACACUUACUGCUACACUUUUUGUCUCUUCGGCUAUUCAAGCUACUCCAGACAAUGUGCUUAUGGGAGAGGCCAUAGUUCUAUUGCUUUGCCUUUCUCAGGAUCAUUGGUCAACUCUUGACAUCUUGUGUUUAGGGUUUUUUGGCUAUUGGGACUGGGAAAUAUCCUUGCCUGAGCCAGCAGAGAGCUGCUGCAUGUGGGGAGUAGUCAGUUCUACACUAGACGGGUCAGUGGUAGGGCUGAUCAGUAUAUCCUUGUAUCUUCCCAAACUGGUUUGAAUUCCAAAUCAUGAUACUCGUUCCAUAAUUUUUGACCUGGCAAUAUAUCACAAAUCAUGAUGUGUGUGUCUGUGUGCUAUGCAAAAAUCACAAAAGAGACAAACCCUGGAGCCAGCCAAUGCCUCUACAUAGCUCUAUCCUUAUUUCAGAUAUCGUGAUCUAUCAGUAUAUCACAAUGUUUAGCUGGGGAUAAACCACAGUGUUGAAAACCAGAUAUCGCCUAACCCUAGUCAGUAAGGCUGUAUAUAGUUCUCACACUCCCUCGCCCCCUGCUCUGAGUGAACAUGGAAUUUAAUUGGAGCAAUAAGCUGCUUUUCAGCCAAGGCUGAUUGCCAUAAAUGCAAAAGUGUUAUUAGGUCAAUGGGAAAUGCAGGCUUUUUGAUUAGGAGUCAUAUGCUUCAGAGUUCCUCUUUGGCUGUCAAGCCCCUUAAAUUUUUCCUCUCUUCUUCUCAGAAGGAAAAUCACUGAGGGAUGAAGAAGCCCUUCAGCUGCUCCCUGUUGGCACAACCGCUACGCUCUAUUUUAAAGAUUUAGGGCCCCAGAUAGGAUGGACAAUGGUGAGCUUCAAAGCCUCGAAUGUUUUAAUGUUUGCCUUAAUUCAUCCUUGAAUCACUUUCUCCUUGUGCUGGUGGUCAAGUCCCCAAUCGUGCUUUGGUUUGCCAACUAGCACAAUUGGUAGGAGUCUCUCUUCAAUCCUGCCAUAUUUUUCUUUCUCUCUCGUUUGCUCUCCCCUCCUUUUUGUGUGUGUCUGAUUUAUAAGAUGGUGGGGUGAAGAAUCCAAGGGCGGCGGGGGGGGGGGCAUAGAAUUGCCACAAAUACUUGGCAGGCAAACACAUCGCAAAGCAGCAGUGGUUGCUUGGCAACACGACAAAACACAGCUUGUGGAAGGCAAUGGCAAUUAGGGGGUGUUGCAAGAAACAACAACACAGGGAUCAGGUUUUCCUAAAUUAGGGCAAGAGACCCAGAGGCAGGCCAGCUGCCCGUCCCAGUCCUAUUGAACAGGACCGUUAGCGACAGAAUAGUGACCCUGGUUCCUUCUUCCUUUUUUUUUGACUGAGCCCUGGUGCCUGCAGAAAUUCAACAGGUGAAGUGUUUCCGAGACAUAAGGACAUAGAUAUUUCCCCAGUUGACUUCUGUCUGUCACACCUGUUCAAGACACACAUUGGCCUGAUUGGAAAAGAUAGCAUGGGAGCUUUUACAAAGGCAAAGCCAGAAUCUGUGGGAACAGGAAAUAAUGAAUUUGCUAUUCAAAGCUCCCCCCCUCCCCUGCCCCUGCCCCAAUACCUUCCUGCUUCCUCUUUAAUAUGCCCUGUUAUAGUGCUAGUAACUUACAAAGCUGAAAGCAGUAGUUUGAAAUGUGAAUAUUAUAUGUAUAUAAAUAGUAUAAUUCACACCUAAGUUCUCUACUGCUGGGCAUAACUGUUUCUCAUUUUCCAAGCUUCUUCUCAUUUGGACAUUCCUGCACAGAUGGAGGCGUCCUUGGCUGGGUUCCAACAUAAGCACAUGCUGUGAGAGGGGACAUGGGGAGAGGGGAAGGAGGGGAAGCGAAGGAACUAGCAAUGUGUUGGAAUCCGUGGCAUUAAGAGGAAGUAAGUGGCUCAUGCGGAGCCAAAUUUAGGACUAGGUGUCUUGUGCCUUUCAUCCUGCCAGGAUAACCCAAGUUAUACAAUCUCUGUGAAUUGUGCAGUUUGAGCGUUUUUGCAUCGUUAGUUGUCUUAUUCUACUUGCACUUUUUAGAGGAAGGAUAAGGCACCCAAAGGCUGGAUGACUAGAUAUUCCGCUCUGGUUUCUGAGUUUUCACCAGAACUUGCAAUUCACGUCUUCAGAGACACGAAGGCUGCAGAAUUCCUUAAGCAGCUUAGUUUACUCACAUGCCAAAUUGUGUUCUCAGUCCCCACCCCACCCCACAAAAGAUCAUGUAGGACCUUAUAAAGCUGUCUGACUUUGGGGGGCGUUCAUCCAAUCCAUGCUAUAUGCCCACUUCAAUGUGGUUUUGCAUGGAUAGGGAUAAAAUGCUGGAACAAACUGUGUGUGUAUGAAAUAGCAAAUGCUUGUUCGACAUCCAUACUGAUUGGAAUAACAGCAUACAGUGUUGGCGUAAGGAACCAAGCCAUGGCCAACGUCUUGACUAAAGCAGCCCCCCCCCCCAUUUUUUAAUUGUUUGCCCCAGGGGCCCACUUGAAAAUCUUUUGAUGCUCAGGACCCUUCCCCCCCCAAUAAACCCAGACAAAAUGCCUGCCCCCCAAAACAGACAAGACCAGCUUUAUGCCCACCCAUGAAAAACAACACACAAGAAAGCAAGACAACAACCUCCCUCAAAACAAGCAACCUGCCCACCAAUACACACCUAAAUAAAGGGGCCUUGACAGAUGCUGUGUCUGAGGGUCCCCACAGGUGCCAUAUUGGGGACCUCAGUUUCCUGUUCCCUGGCAUCCAGUGCUGUUGAGAAUUGCCGUGGUAACCACCUAACUACCUCUCUCUUUUUUGCAGGUAUUCUUGAUAGAAUAUACGGGCCCAUUGUUCAUCUAUUUUGCGUUUUAUUUCCGUAUGCCUAUUAUCUAUGGCCUGGAUGACAGGUUUCCCUCGAGCCGGCACCCCGUAGUUAAGUAAGUCGCACUUCUAAGGCCAGAGGAUUUAAUUCUUGGGUUUGCCGCAACUUUAUUCCGAAAUGUCUUGCCGUAUUUGUCUCUCUAGCUUUCUGAAACGCUUUUAUCUUGCUGUUUCUAGCCUGGCAUGUAUCUGCCAUUCUUUCCACUACAUCAAAAGGUUGAUUGAAACAAUAUUUGUUCAUCGGUUCUCCCAUGGGACUAUGCCACUGAGGAAUAUUGUUAAGGUAAAUUUGCCACACAAUCUACUCACAGCCCUUCUGUAAAAUUCAGAUCUGGCCGCCACCUUCAGCACGGCAGUCACCAAAUCCCUGGCACGGCUUUCGGGGCACGGUGCUGGCUCCUGCCACUCACAAAUGUUAACAUCGAUGUGACCUGUUAACAUUAACACCUCACUACUGAAGCUUGUUUUUUCCACAUUACCAUUUUUAUUUCUUCCAUAGACUGUUGCUCUAUAGCCACUUAAUCCCUUCUAGCCUGGCGCAAAGGUCCUCCUUGACAGUGUGAGUUUCCUCAGCUCAGUGUUUUGCAUAGCAAAGGUCCCGGGUUCAAUCCCCAGCUUCUCCACCUAGGGCUGGGAAAUCAGGGGAAGCCUCUGCCAGUCCUUGUUUACAGUUCUGAGUUAGAUGGACCAAUGGCCUGGUGCCAUAUAAGGCAGUUUCCUAUGCUCCUGAGCUUACUUUUGGCUCCAUUUAGGGAGCUAGUGGGCUUAUUGCAGCAAACAAGCUGGAACUGGGCUUGACACUUGAUGUAGGCCUGUUGUUGAAAAUAACAGCCCCCCUGUUGGAUUCCUAGGGGCCCAGCUCUUUGUGGGGGGCCAAUAAUGUUUUUGGGGGGGAACUGGGACCCCCAAUGUUAAAAAUAUGAGGGCAAGCAUGGAGCUGAGCGUGGCUUCAGUCGUUGACUCCUCCACCUGCCACUGCCACCCGCCAUGAGGGGAAGAGGAGGCCAAUCGUGGAGCCCAGUGUGGUGCCAAUGGCUAGUGGCUCCUCUUCCUGUUGUGUAAGGGAAAGACGGGAAGCAGCCCCAGGCCAGUGGCAGGAGGAGAGGAGUUAGAGAGGAGGAGCCACCGGCCAUUGAAGCUGCGCUACAGCCAUGUUCAGCUCCGGCUCCUCUGUUCUGAUGUGCGCAUGCGUGCCAUCAAGGCCCUCCAUCUCCCUUGCAAGUUGGCGUCUCUGCAGCCAUUGAUGAGAGCAGAAAAACACACUGCAUGUUGAUGUCAUUGCACAGUAAAACCUAUUUGAAAAAUUGGCAUGGGACUCCUGCGCUGUCCUGUUGCGUCUCCUAGUUCAGCCCCAUUUACUUCCAGGUCACCUUCAAGAACCCAUAGCGACUGCCACACAUAAAGCACCCUCUCCCAGCCACUCUGCCACAUUCCUUCCAGCUUUCACUCCUCUCUGUCCCUACAUCUCCGCAGUGUUGCCACAUGGCCUGAGCCCUUGCGCCUUUCUCUUGCCCAUGUUCAGGUUCCCUACGCCCCACUCUCUAGGGCUGCUGUUUCCCUUCACAACUUGUUUCCCCAAUAGUCUUGUCUUCUCAGUUGCUUCAUUGUUAGUCUUCUCCACCUGAAAGAGGAGACGGGACUGUUUUUGAGAAUGAGAAAUUUGAACUGCAGCAAUAAUUGUUGGUGAACGCUGUACAGUUUGGAAAGUUGUUUUAUUUUCUUUUUAUGUUGCUUAUCUCUCACACACUUUCCCCCUGAGACAUGACCCAUGUGGUCCUUGCCCAGACUGACAAGUGAGAAGCAACAGGGAUAGAAGUUAUUAUCAUCUUCCCCAAUUGGUCCCUUCUGUCCUGAUAACGUUAGUGGGAAUUGUGAUAUCAUCAUGACAUGAUCUGUGGCUUCCACUGAUGUGCUCUGAGGUACCACCCUGUGAAGGAAACGUCUGGUGUUUUCUAGCCCAUAGACAUGUUCUGCAUUUUCUGCUUUUCUCUGUGAACACACUCUGGGUUUAAGCUCUGAUCUAUAUAGCAUGCUAGGGCCAGUCCUCACAUUAAAAAUAAAAUAAAAUCAUGUGGUGUAGCCCUUGGGGAACUGAACCAUUCAGAAUGCUUAUGGGGGAUUGAAUUAUUUGAAUGCUCUCCCAUGCCAAAAACUCAUUCAAGGUGGAAAUAAAAUACACCUGGGAGAAAGUGUGUGUACUACCCUUAUGUACUACCUUUCCUCAUCUAGUGUGGUGCUUUUUAAAUUAUUAUUUAGUGGAGAAUAUAUAUUAUAUUUCACCUACAGUGUGAAGUGACACUAUAUCAAAACGGAUGUUCCUUGUGUCUUUAUGAGUCUUAAAGACCCUCCUUGGCUGAAAUCUUUGAAUGGUAGGUGCAGAGCGCUUCACAGAAAAUCUGCCUUUAGCUAUCUUAAACGUACGCUGGAAGCAGAGUAUUAUUAAAUAAUUCCACCUAGAUAGCAAAUAAGAAUGGUUAGACUGUGCAUUUGAAAUAGUUGGUUAAGCUGUUCUGUCAGGUGGCAAUUGGAAAAAAACUUGCUUUGCGUGAAUGCCUGCCUUGUUGGUGUUUCUAGGCCUGUAUCCUUCACAUGAAUUCAGUUUGACUACUCUUUCUUGCAGUGCUCAGUACCUGUUUCAGAAAUAACUUCUAGAGAGCCAGCUUGUAGCACCCACAGGACCUUGGUGAUUUCAGGAAAUGUGGGACCACUUCUGGGCUCACGAUCUGAAACCACUCACAUGGGAGCACUGUUGGUUGACAAACAGUGCCUACACUUGGGAGUUUUUUGUCUCGUCACUAAGUUUUGUUUCAUGGUGUGGGUCAUGUAGGAAGGCCAUGUUUGGAGAUGCUGGUAUUCCCAGAGUGCAUAUCGCAUGGACGUUGAUGUGUCUCUGGUGGCAGCCCAAUUCCCAAGGCGCUUUUGUUGUAGACUGGUGUUAACAUCUGAACUCGGCCAUAGAACCAGCAACGCAUAGUGCCUUGUUCCAGCAAAUCUACCCGUGCUUAUAAUUAAGUUUUAUGACAGCUUGUAUUAAACAGCUUGAAUAAAAUACUUUAUUUGGCCUGGGCAUGUAAAAAUUAUAUUUAGGAAAUGCUAUGAUAUAUAUUGUGUAGAAUGGCUGAUGGAAUUGCAUAGAACCGUUAGCAGUUCCUGUUAAUAUGGCUAUAUGAAGAGAAAAGUUAGUGAUUUUUAACUAAUGAAAUGGAUCCAAAUGUGCUUGCUAUGGCAGUGAUGAAAUGAAUAUUUUUGGUUUCUUUCUUCUUAGAUCUGCUGCAUCCUGCCUGUAACCCCACUUACCGUAUUUUUCGCACCAUAGGACGCACCGGACAAUAGGACGCACUUUGUUUUAGAGGGGGGAGAACAAGAAAAAAAAAUUCUCCCCCUCUCUGCCCAGCGCCCCUUCAGCGCAGUUGCUGGAGGCGCUUUGCAGAGAGGGGGAGAACUUCCCCCUCUUGUUUUCCCGCUCUAAAACAAGGUGCCGUUAAGGUGCGUUCAGGCGGCUACCUUGGAAGCCUGGAGAGCGAGAGGGGUCGGUGUGCACUGACCCCUCUCGCUCUCCAGGCUUCAGGUUCCUUCGACCUGCUCUUUGGGGCUGGCGGGGAAGCCCACCACCAGCCCCAAAGAGCAGUUCAGGGAGCAGCGGAAAGGCGCAGCGGAGAGGCUCCUGCCAUAGCCGUGCGUCACCACUCCAGCCGGGAGAGGGUCGCAGGGCUAUGGCUUCUUUAGCCUCGCGCAUGCUCUCCGGCUGGAGAGGUGACGCAUGGCUAUGGCAGGAGCCUCAAUAGCCGCGCGUCACCUCUCCAGCCGGGAGAGGGUCACGGGGGGCUGCUUUAGCCCUGCGCGCGCUCUCCCGGCUGGAGAGGUGACGGGCGGCUGUAGAAGCUCCUGCCAUAGCCGCCCGUCACCUCUCCAGCCGGGAGAGGGUCGCGAGGCUAUGGCGUCUUCGCUCCAUAGGACGCACACACAUUUCCCUUCAUUUUUGAAGGGAAAAAAGUGCGUCCUAUAGAGCGAAAAAUACGGUAAUAUUUUAAAGACAAAAAGUAGCAAGGAUUAUUUACAUGAACAUGUUCACCUAUAUGGUACCCAAGAUUCCUGUGAUCUUUCCAUGCACUUUUUCUUAGUUUCCACUUAAGGCUGUAGAUCUCCUUGGAUAGGAUACAACUCUUAAGAGUACAACUCUCUGGGAUGUUUGCAGAGGCGCUUUUGGUUGUGCUUUAAGUGCUUCUAGUAAGCCCAAUGCUGAAUGACAAUGCAUCUGAAGAAUAAGUUGGCUAGUGGCAGCUGGCCAGUUAUUUUAUUACUGCUAUCAAUUUUGGGUGAAGUGGAGAUCACUUACUCUACAGCCUGGUUUAUGUUAUUAUGUAGUUCACAUUAAUUACAGCAUUUACCGUUCGAUCUGGUCCAAUGCAGAUACUUAUCCUUAAAAAGUAUUUUUAUUCUGUCUUGGAAGAACAUCAAGAUUGGGUGAGAACAAUCAUAGCCACUGAUGGCUUUCCUAUACAGUAGCUGCUUUGGUUAUCGUCAGGACCUAGUCAAAAAAAUCUCUCUGUAUCUUCUUCUAGCAUACUCACCUGAGAGAUUCCACAGUGUGGAACCGUCUACAGUUACGCAAUGCAAAGUGAGGACACACAUAAUAUUUUUAAACCGGUAGAGGUCCCUAGGAAAAGGGAUUGAUUGUUAAACUACUCUGGUAAUUAUACAGUCAUACCUUGGAAGUCGAACGGAAUCCAUUCCGGAAGUCCGUUUGACUUCCAAAAUGUUCGGAAACCAAAGCGCUGCUUCUGAUUGGCUGCAGGAAGCUCCUGUAGCCAAUUGGAAGCCACAGAGGCCCUGUUGGACGUUUGGGUUCCAAAGAACAUUCGCACUAACUUCCAGGUUUGGGAGCCAAAACGUCUGAGUACCAAGGCAUUCAGGAUCCAAGGUACAACUGUAGUUCUGUGAGGGGGUGUUGUAAACCGGUCUCAGCACCCUUAACAAAUUACAGUUUCCAGGAUUCUUUGGCUGUUUAAAGUGGUUUGAUGCUGAUUUACCUAUAAAGUGCAGAUAGGGCCUUAGUUAGGACUUCUUGACCUGGCCUUUCAGAUAUUAGAAUCACAGAACUGGAAGGGAGCCUGAGGGUCACCUAGUCCAACCCCGUGCAUUGCAGGCGCCGUUAUUGGACAGCUCCCACCAUCACUGAACGUUGGCCAUGUGGCUGAUGCAAGUUGCGUUCCAGCAACAUUUGGAGGUCUCUGAAGUGAAUGAGCAUUCUUCUCCCAAUGAUACAAAAAUGCAUUAAUACAAAAAUGCAUCACAAUUAUUAAAGCGAUGGGGCUGGGUAAAUGAAAACAUAAGUGAUAGCAAUGAUACUCUGUGGAGCUUUGUUGGAUAGGAAUAAGAGGCUUUUGGCUGUGGAUGCAUUUAAGAAGUUGGCCUGGGAUCAAGGCCCUGCAUUGCCAAGUUUCACACCAGUAUUGGGGACCACUCACUUUUAUUAGCUGCUGCUUCAGUGCAUUAGGCUAUCUUAGCAUUGGAAAAGAAAAGAAAGUGUAUUUGGUGUAUUUGGGCACCACGUUUCUUUCUGCUAUGUGUAGUUGAACAUUAUCACAAGAAGCCUACCUUGGUCUAAGUUAAAUUAACGUUUGAGCAACUGUCUGUUCGGUUGAAGACACUUAAGAACAGUGGCUCAUUCACAUUUAAUGGGAUUUCCACAAUUCCCAACAUUAGCGGGGAAAGCCCAUGGGUGCCUUCUGCACAGAGAAAGUUCUAGAGUAAAAGACAUAACAAAUUGGGGCUUGUGUUCUCUCGUUAAAUGCAUUAUAAACACUAGUAGGGAGCUUAACUCUGGGGUCAGAAGCAUUUAAAAGUUAUGAACUUUCCUCUGUGCUACAAGCAAAUGAACAUCAAAUCCAGGCUUAACAAAUAACUGUGAGGAAAAUGUUCUCAUUUUAAGAGCUAUUUCCUUAAAAUUUCUCCUCUGUUCUGAAAUUUAUAGAUUUUGGGGUUUUUGGCUGAAUGUUGUCAAAUAAUGGGCAGGUCCUGGUCUUUGUUUCAGUCAGAACUCGCCAGAACUGAGUUCUGGCACCUCUCAAGUGAGCGCCAUUGCCGUUCUAAGAGAACAAUUUUUCUUGAAAAAUAGCACUGGGCAAUAAUAAUUGGAAUGGUCUUCUGUUUCGUAGUGAAAUAGCUGAGAGGAAGUGGGCUUGUCUCAAUAAAGGCAGGAGAAACAUGAGGCGUUUCCGUAUGCUCUGUUCUUAGGCAUACAUUUUUGUGGGUGUCUCUCCCUCAGAGUAAGAGCAGAGAGAAAGCUUUUUCCCUCCUCUCAACUGUCUUGCUAAUUUAGGGAGCAAUUUUGUGUUCCCGGGACUGAGGGGCUGUAGGAUUAUGAUGACCUCCCUCUCUGUGGGCGAUUAACCUGGACCAAUGGUAGAAAGUUAAAUGGUAGAGCCAGAAACUGAAUUCUUCCAGAGACAGGUCAGGGAAAGGCCUUGGAUUUGCCAAAGCUGCUGUUUCCCAGAAAGGGCAAAAAAAAAAAGGCCAGCCCUGGAACUGGUAGACCAGUUCCUCACCUAUUAACGUCAACAGGAGAGAAUUGAAAGUGCUCCUCUCCUCCUUUUCUGGAUGGCGCAAACCACACAAUCACUUUAGGAAUGCUCUGUUGGCUUGUUCCAUAGAACUUAAUAAGAACCAUUGAGAACAGAGACAUUUCUUGCAUAGCCCCUACCUAGGAUUUGCUUCUUAGCCACAUAAAGGUGUCACAAAGAAAUGAAACCCGGGAAUUGGUAUGGAUAUGCAUCACAAACGUACAUGGAUUAAAUCGUAGCAAUAGCCCCACAUAAUGUAAAACAUUAACACAAAUAUAAAUGGCUUCCCCCCUUUUCCUUUUUUUGUUUUUGUUUUUACAGAAUUGUUUCUAUUACUGGGGAUUUGCUGCCUGGCUUGCUUAUUAUAUCAACCAUCCUCUUUACACACCGCCCUGUAAGUAGCAGCAUAACAAACAUUUUACUUUUUAUUUUGUUUUAGCAUUUCAUUAACGGUGCUAACCGAGAGCUAAAUUGAACCUUCCCUUGUUUUUGUCUUGCAGCUUAUGGACAAAAGCAGGUCAAUCUCGCUUUGAUCAUGUUCCUGGUGAGUAAGUUGCAAAUAUAAAUACUAUAGUGUAAGAAAUUUCCUUUGCUGUACUUUAGAUAGUAUAUGGAAUGGGCAAAUGCAGAUGUACAAAUGGCAAUUAUAUUCCUGACUGCAGCUUAAAAUGCCAGUUUCAGUAGAGAGGAAGGGAAUCUGGGAUGUGGAAAUUACAUAUAAACUCAUUUAAUAUGUGCAAGCAAGGGGCAAAGGAUUGUAGGAAAAUAGAUUUAUAGAGAUAUGGGUGACUUGCUUCUUUUUGGAUUGACAAAUUUAAAUAAUUUAAUAAUAAUAAUUUUGAUUUAGUAAUUUAAAUAAUACCAUGUGCACAAUUUCUUUUGGUUUGAAAAAUGAUUUUUAAAAGAAAUGUUGCAUUCCCCCCCCCUUUUCGUAUAAUAAAUAAUAGGUUAUAAAUGCAAAAUUAAAUAAACUGAUUGAAAUGGUGCUGAAAUCUUCCAAUGAAUUAAACCACUGAUGCCACUUUAAGGGGGAUUUUUAUAUGGAACACAGUGUGCGGGGAGGGGAGCUUUAUCCCUUCCCUCCCCAGCUAUGAUCCUGGUGCUUAGUGUAGAGUGGGCUAAUGAGAACAUUGUUGUUCUACUAAUCCUCAUAAUUGUAUUUGUUCAGAGGGCUCUUUAUUUAAUGCAGUCUUUGUUUUAAUUGUCUUUAUUUCUGUCUCAUUGCAGACAUGUGAAGCUGGAAACUUUUCUAUCCAUGUUGCACUUAGUAAUUUGAGAAGAGAUGGUAAAAGUUGAGUGCUUUGUUUCUAUUAUUAUUAUUAUUAUUAUUAUUAUUAUUUAUUAUUAUCAUUAUCAUCAUCAUCAUCAUCAUCAUUAAUUGGCUUGAGUUAGGGUGGGCUUUCAAAGGUGUAAACUGACCUCCCCCUCAGCAUUUAUUUAUUUUGGUAAAGAUCAUUAAUACUUCUGCAAUCCUUGAGGUUCCUCCAAGCCUGCUGAUACCUACUAGUCGGUGCUGUUUUGGCUACAAAAGGAUUUGCAUCAGAGAAUUAGUUCAUAUUAGUAUAUUGGAUUAAAGCUACAAUUAUUCUAGGCAGACAGUCCACUGCAGGAACUGCCUGAAGGUAGUCAGUCAGCAUAGGUUAUUGGCUAAUGACAUUGCCAUUUUAAAAAAAGAUUUCCAAAUAUGCAAGGCAAGGGAGGAGGAAAAAGGACUUCUACUCUAAACUGUCUAGUCUUACGGAGAGCGAAAAAUGAUUCCUAGCUUAGCUCAUUAUAGAAUGGUCCUUUUCAUCCCAUCCCACAGCUGAUCAUUCUGUAAUCCAGAGAAGAGCAGACUUCAGACUUGCGGGAGCUACUUUGGGUUUUACCAGAACCCCUAUAUUUACCAACUAGAGCCAUGCUGUCAAACCAUAUGCUAUAGGGAAAAUGUGUCUGUAUACAGAAAGUACCACUAGUUUUACAUUUCUGUGGAUAUUUUAAAUCAAUAGGAUCCAAGACCAGUAAGAUCCCUUAUCCGACGAAGAAUCCUUUCACAUGGCUGUUUUAUUUUGUGUCCUGCCCUAACUAUACUUAUGAGGUAUGUAUGUUUGAAAACUGAAUGGACCGCUAAUGUUUAGCUUAUGCUUAAGGAUUGGUGUAAGAUUUUGCUUUUGUAGGGGAGUGUAAAGAAAUGUUCAGGAUUUCAUGGGGGCAACUUCUGGGAUGAGAAACUCAGUAAAAUGCAUGUAUUUUAUUACCCCACCUUGGCUACAAAAGCACAGCUGAGUUGCAUCUCAAACACAUCCUUUACUUUGAAACAGCGUUUAAGCUGCACCUCUCAGUGAAACUGAUGAAAAAAGGGUAAGAUAAAGAUUGUUUUUUUAAAAUUGCCCAGUGAAAGAGCUAAAUUAGUCAGAUAAUGAAUUGGAGUGUGUAAACAGGAGUAUUGCAGGAGGUUGUUGAGAGGAUUGUGCAACUAUGCAGGUCCUAUUACAUUUUCACAUUAUGGCAGACCUGGCUCUACCAUGAAUUAGGCCAGGCAUAGGCAAACUCGGCCCUCCAGAUGUUUUGGGACUACAACUCCCAUCAUCCCUGACCACUGGCGCUGUUAACUAGGGGUGAUGGGAGUUGUAGUCCCAAAAACAUCUGGAGGGCCAAGUUGGCCUAUGCCUGAAUUAGGCUGUGUGACACAGCCCACCUUUGCAGUACUAGCAAAGGGUAGAAAAAGUGUACCAAUUACUUAGCUGCUUGCAUUUUUGUGUGUCCGUGUUCUUUGGAUUUUGUGUUGGACAUCAAAAUAUUCUGAGCUCUGUCUCUACGUCAUAUUGACUUUUGCGUUUGGAGCAUAGGAAUUUAUUGUUUGUCUUCAUUGUCUUACUUGAGACUUGCAGUGUCAUUUGCUGCAAAGGGAUGUUGCAGCAGAGUGUCACUUUCGUAGGAAUAUAGACUUUAUGGAGCGAGCAAGAGUGGGGAAAUGCAUUAUGUACCACGAAAACAGAUGCAGUUACUAUGCAGAUAGCGAAUGCAUGUGUGCACAUAUAUGAGUUUUCCAUGGAGAACUCCCUUCAGAAGCAACCACCUAAAAUUCAGAGAGAGAGAUUUUUAAAGGAUGUCAGGAGGACGUUUGUGUACAUGUACCUGUUUUAAAAGCUCUCAUACUAAAUUCCCAAACUUUUUUUUUUUAACUUGAGAAGAGUGUAAAGAAGUGUUGGGGGCAGCUUCUGAGGUCACUUCCAGAUUAUUAAGCAUUCAUCCUCAUUGUUUGUGGGGAGAUUGUAUGACAUCAUAUCAAACCACUGUUGUCCCUGUUUCCAUAACACAAAGUCUUUCUUUUUUAAAAAAACUCUUUUUUGUACAUGAGUGUCAAAUCCACUUAAAAUGUACAACCUGAAUUUACCCGUGUGCGAUUGAAUCCCACCCCCAAAAUAGUGACUCCCUGGAAAAUGCCCCAAACUGGGAAAAUUCUUAGGAAGAAAAAUAUGAACGCAAAGACUUGGUUAGGAUAGGGGUACAGCUGUAUAGGCCAUAGGUCUUGGAGGUGAGUGACUGGCUAACUGGUUGCAUAAAUUUUGACUGACCAGGUUUACAGGUGUGUGAGACUGACACUUGCACUCACUGCCUCCAUUCUGUCUCAACAGAAACUAAAUGCAGUGUUCUAGAAUUCUAGACUCAUAAUUUUAAUUUUUUUCAAAAUUGAAGUGUGUAUGUGUGUGGGGAGGUUGCAAAAACAACUCUACAAGGGGGCUGUGCUUUUGUGGAUUCUGGUCCAUAUAUCCAAAUGGCUCCAGUUACUUCUUUGGUUGUGUGCCUGAUUGUAUUUCAGUUGUUUUAUUACUAAGGUUUUUACAAGCUGAUAUUAAAAAGAAAUGUGUUUUGUAUGUAUUUUUUAAAAAGGGGACUAGGUUGUUUUAGCAGUUUUUAUUGUGUGAAAUAGUUUUGCAUUUUCUUCACCAUUACAGCUGGGGACAUGGAUUGGUUUUACUAUCAUGACUCAAUGCGUUCCAGGUGAAUAAGAUUCUUGGUUUGAAAAUUUUGGGCUAAUAUUCCAGCUACAAUAUUUCAUAAACGUUGACCUCUCUCUCUCUCUUUUCUCUUUCUCUCUUUCUCUUUCUCUCUCUUGCAGUGGGACUCUUCACCUUUCUUUGUUUCAUUCAGAUGUCAGUCUGGGCAAAAGAUAAACACUCCACCUAUAUACGAGAGUUUAAGGAUUAUCCUAGUCUUAGAAUGUCUAUCAUUCCUUUCUUACUGUAAGAACAGGGUUGUUGGGUUUUUUAAAAUUAAAUUAUCAGAAACAAAGUGGAUGAGGCUGUAUAGACACAACCACAGGCAAAGAAAGUAAGUUAGGGUAUGAAGAUAAUUUAGGCAAGGUUUCCCAGGAGCAUGCAGAAAUUACUAUCUAGUGUGGAAUUCCAUGGGCUCAAAAUCUACAUAGUGGGGUUGGAGAGCUGGGGGGGGGAUUUCACAUCUGGCAACCAAUGCGCCCUUUGGUUUCAGAUAGUACAUGGGUAGUACAUCUGCUCUUCAGGUAAGACCAGUCACUAUUUACUACUGUGGACAAUAAAGUUGCUGGAUUGGGAUGUACCACAGCUAUCCCCAACUGCAGUUGAGCUGAUCAAAGUACCCGAUGAAGAACUGUGCGACCAAAUGCUGCAUCAAGCUGACGAUAAUUGGUCCAGCUUGUAAUGCCUGGCGAAGUUACUUGAGGAAGACCAAGUAGCUUCCUUACAAAUAUCAAGCAGCGGAGCAUUAGCGGCGAAGGCCGCUGAAGUGGAUGCUGAUCUGGUUGAAUGAGAAAAUAGAUGUGUUGGCUGGGGCAGCUUGAGGGAUUCAUAAGCUACGGAAAUGCAAGCCCGUAUCCAUCUGGCAAGGGUGGAACUUGAAACCCUCCUCCACAGAGAUGAAGGGUGGAAGGACACAAACAAGGAGUCUGUUGUUCUAAUUUCUUGUGUUCAAUGAAUGUACAGCUUUAGUGCCCGAUGAACGCCUAAGGAAUGCCAGGCCUUUCCUCUAGGGUGCUUUGGAUUAGGACAGAAAGUGGGAAGAAUUGAUUCCUGUUGGACAUGGAAUCUCGAAAGUACUUUCGGCAUGAAGGUACAAUCUGUGCCCAGCACUACUUAUGGAAGAUGCAGAGAUGUUUCACCUACCUCCCACAGUUCUUAGCUCCUUGGUAACGUGGUGAGGGAAUUACCUAAUCCAGUGGCUUCAUCGUCCACUGUAGUAAAUAAAUUACUUCUGGUAAAUGAGCCACCAUAGCUCAUUGUGUUCCGGGCUUUUUUGAUUCGUCUACCCAUGUACUAUAUGGAACCAAAGGGGCACAUUGGUUGCCAAAUGUGAAAUACAUUGGCAUUAUUUUCAGCAUUCCUACGCUAACAUCUUCAUGUAUUUUUAAAAUUUGUGGGAUUCAGUAUUGGUUUUAUCUUCUCCCCCAAUCCCCAUGUUGUUAUCUUUAGCCAUGAAGGGUGUUCAGAGCUAACUGUUUGGCAAAGGUAUUAUCCACUGUUGCUGAAAGAAUACACUUUCUGUAAAAGUCUGGGCUAGGCCCUGUGGCAAAAAGGAAGCAUGAGAAUUUGGUGUGAAACAGUCUGGAAUUCCACAAACAGAUAUGUUUUGAGGGAGGGCACUUUCGGAUGAUAUGUUUAUUGAGUGUUCAUCCUGAUUCGUUUCCAGGGAGGUUAGAUGAUGUUGCAUCAAAGCAAUUAUUAUUGUUUUCCCACUCUUUCUGGUGUGUUUCCCUUCACUUUCCUUAUUGCAAAAAAGUCUGACUUGGGGAGAAAGUGGGGUUGUGAAAGAGCUCCAGAUCCGCUCUAAUUGUGCAACCUGAUUUUCCCAGUGUGUGAUUGAAUCCAACCUGAAAUAGCAACAGCCUGGAACUGCCCAAUCUCUGGAUGAAUUGUGCUUCAAAGCUGAGGCAUAGAAAACGCUGUGGGCGGCUUCAAAUCAAGCAUUUGCUGUGGGAAAUACUUUUACAUUGUGAAUGAAAGUGGUACACACACAGAGAGAGAGAGAGAGCACUGGGAAUGAGAACAACAUAGUUUAAAUGUUCAGAAUAAUCAUUUGAAACAGACCUGUUGGGAAUGAACCAUUUCAGACUGCAAGGUGAGAGUUAACUAUUUGAAUGUUUCCAUUGCAAGAAACUCCCAGAUUUAUAUAAAACUUGAACAUGAAGGAAAAAGGGUUCUUGUGUGUCUCUUGUCCUAUUUAGCAUGCUCUUGUUGUCUUAAUGGAUGGCUGAUAGUUGUAUUUUGUAUUAGAUUUUAAUAUUUUGGGACUUGAUGCUAUGUUUUGGAUCAGCUGUUUUUUAUUUAUUAAUUGUGGUUAUUUUUGUAUUGGUUUUUAUUUAGUAAGUUGACUUGACAGGGUUUUAACCUUAAAAGUGGUCCAGAAAUAUUUUAAAUUAUUACAUUCAGGGUGUUCUGUUAAAUGGAAGAAGCAUUCAAACAUUCACCACCCUGCAGUCUGAAGUAAUGCAAUACCAACAAGGCUAUCAUGUGAUUAUUCUACUUGCAUUUCUCAUUCUUGGAAAACACUUCAUGCUAUACCCCGGUGCAUGCUUACUUGAGAGUAGGGAUAGCAAAUCAAUUAGCCUUGGUUCUCUGUUUCUCAUGAUUGUGGUCUUAAAUUCGGUCCUCCACAUUUAUGCAGCAUUUUGUGAAUUUUCUGUUAGAAAAUAUCCUCCUGAAAGUGCUUCAGCAUUUUAAUAUGAAUUUCUGCUAGAAAACACAUUUUUGUAUGCCUUUUUGACUAAUGCACACAUUUUUGCAAGCAAUGUCUCCUUAAUAUAAUGCAUUUUUAAUGUUAUUUUCACUAAUAUUAAUUUUUAUGUACACUUUUAACUACUAUAUGCAUUUUUGUAAACAUUGGUUGGUUGGAGAAUUGCAUCACAAAAUUUGGGUAAGUGUGAAUUUCUAAGGGUGGCUACGUUCUGGUCCUCAUAGUUUUGGAAAGUGUAAAUUUGGCUUCAAAUGCAAAGUGAAUUGAAUUCGCCCCCAUCGUUAUAUCAGAGUAGGCUCAGGGAUGCUUCCUUUGCAUAGGAGUGGGUUGCCCAUGUACUUGCAAAUGUAAGUAGAACAAUUGGUACUUAACCUGAAGAGUAGAUUUGUGUUGCCAGCACAGGACCACUGGUUGGGCUAUGGCUUUGCCCCUUUGAUGAAGGAAGGAGUGAAAAUUUAGGAAAUGGAUGGCUCCUUUGUCCUCAGCAUUGCAGACUCACUAAGCACAAGUAGUCCAUGGAGUCUCAUCAGUUAAUAAGCAAAUAACAUACAGUAAUAAAGCUGAAUUCCUAUGGAACAAGAACUUUUCCUAACUGUCUGAACUAUUAAACAGUGUUGCAGGCCAUUAGAGGGUGUGGCCCCGAUGGUCCCACAAUGGCAACACAAAUCUACUAUUCAGGUAUGUACCAACCGUACAAUUUCCUUUUGCCAGCAUGACACCACUGGUUGGGACAUACCAAAGCUCUCCCAACUAGGGUGGGUACCACUGCGGGGAGGCCUGUUGGAGGACCCUCUGGCCAAUGGUGGUGUCAGCUGACAUCCAGGUGUCUUGUCUUAGUGUAUGGUAAAGGUACUGGGAGAUGCGCAGGUGGCUGCACUGCAGAUUUCCAGUAGGGAGGCAUUUGUGAAGGACGCCACCAGGACGUCUGCUGCCCCAGAGGAAUGUGCUGUCAGUUUGGCAGGGACAGGUAACCUUUGCGCCUCAUAUGCCGUGGUAAUGCAGGUGCAAAUCCAUCAGGAUAGUGUGUUUGGGGUGACUUUUCUACCUAACAUAGUAUGGUGGAAUGAUUGCCAAAGCAUUUUGGUAUGGGUUAUAUAGACCUUAAGUAACCUGCCUACAUCUUAAGGCAGAGCUUUCCAAACUGUGUGUUGCUGGAAAGGGAGCAGACGGCCUGCCAAUUUGCUAGUAAAACUGAAUUACUGUGUCGCGAAAUGAUGCAUGUCUAAAAAGUGUGUCACCAACGUGAAAAGUUUGGAAAGCUCUGGUAUAAGGAAUGCCAGGCCUUUUCAAGAGGUGCUAUGGAUUGGGGGGAAAUCUACGUAGUAUCAGUUCCUGCUGUAGGUGGAGUUUGGGAAGGAUGUUAGGCAGGAUCAGUAUGGAGGAUGUCUUUGUCUUUGUGGAAUAUGCAGGGGCGUUGGACCACCAAUAGGGUGUUAAGUUCAGAUACUCUUGCAGGCAGAUGUGAUGGCUACAAGGAAUAAGACCUUGAAUGAUAGCGUGCAGAGUGGUAGCUCUUUACUGGUGGCUCCAGAGAAAGUCAGUGGGGGUACAAAAGGUAGCAGGAAAGGGAAAAGCUAUUUUUUAAAAGUUGUUUUAAAUUUGAAAAUGAAGGUAAGCAGGUGAAGAAUAAAGUAAAUCAGAAGAGAAAAGGAAGAAAGUGUCAAGAGGAAAAAAAGGAGUAAAAUCAUGGGAGCCCAAGGAAACUGUGACUAUCUUCAUCAAAGGUAGGAACGAAAACUUCCCAAAUCUCCAUACCUGCCUUUGUCAAAGGGUCAUAGCCUAACCAGUGGUCCCAUAUUGCCAAAAGGAAAUAGGGAGGUAUGGUCCUCUAGUUACUCUUCAUAUAUACCAAAAUACAAGGAAAUGUGGAAAAUAUUUUUCCUUAUUUUGUGUUCAAUGCAUUUUAAGAAGGCUCUGUGCAAAUCAAAUCAGUAAAUGAAUAAGACAUUAUGUUACAAAGUUUUAAGAACUUAAUUUUAAGACUGUCAGCAGAGGGACUCUGACUGUUUCUUGAUGAAGUUUAUUCCUCUAGAAAUGUACAUAAAUUUUUGCAACAAUUUCUAAAGAGAAUAUGCAAUAAAUUCAAACUUAUAUUUUGAAUUCUGUCCAAUUAAUUAUAGCAAUAGAAGACACAUUGCGACUGGUGAGUGAAGUUUUAAUAUUUCUUUAAUACCCAAUCUUUUUCAGGUUAAAAAAAUGCAUCCAUGAUAAGAUAAAAAACCUCUUGUUUCUUUUCACACAGACAAUAUGUAAAAUGUUUGUUAUACAGCAAAUUACAUCCAAGAAAUGCAAAUCACAUUUAAUGACUUUC